AUGAGCAGUAUGGAUAAGAUUAUACGUCGGGUAUCCAGAGCAUGCAUGGAUAUGAGACAAGAGUACAUCAAAUGGCCCAAUCGUACGUUGCGUAUAAGCGAAUUAUGUCAAUCAUAUUUUUAAAAUAAUUUGUCUCUGUAAUUCUGUAAUUGAGUUACAAAUUCUUAAAAAAAUCAAUGACAAUAUGGUUUUAAACAAAUAAACCAAGUAAUCUCAGUUUAAUAGGUGAGAGUUUCUUCAUCCUUACAGCUAAUUUCCAUAGCUUUGGGUUAGGUGGCUCUGAAUGAAAUUCUGAACUCAAGAAAACAGGAAGAGGGAGGAAUUUGCUUUGCUCUGUUUUGAGGUCACUUUGUUAUAUGAUUUGAUGCUGAUAUUCCCUGCAGGUAAUGAAAUGAAUGAAACAAUGCAAAAUAUGUGCAUAGAAAGAAGUUUCAUUCUCUUGUUACACGGGUAAGUGUCAUGUUUCUCUCUUUUUGUAAUGCUUAUUGAAAAUAUGUUAUUUGCAAGAGUAAUUUCUAAAUGUCAAAGCACUUUAAAGCUUUGAUCACUGUGACGAUAGGUUUUCCGCCCCAAAACUGGGAAACUGAAUCUUCGCGGACGGCACAAUAACAACUGGGGGAACUAACUCUGUAGAGACGACUUGGCAGCGAGAACGGAAACUCGUCACGAUUUCCUGGUACACGGAGAUCUGCUUCGAGCGAGCUUAUACGGACGUCAAGGAUAAGACAAUCUUUGGUUCCACAGUACUUUUAUUCUAGGUCAGGCCAACAAGCGACAUGACCUCUAGCAUACUCUAGUUUGUAAUCAAAGCUGUACAAGGUACUUGCUUAAGAAGUAACUGGUGCGAAGUGCUAUUGUUACACAAAUCGCAAUAUUUGAAUAAGGACACAAAGGAGCGGAAAAAAGUCUCUUUGAAGUUAAACGAAAACUACUUAAUUAUUCCAUCUGUUUCUACGACGGAAAGAAUCUCAAAAUUAAAAAGACGGAUGCAAUAAACUUUAGGCCAUUAAAGUAGGAAAUCUAGGUGGAAUUUACAGCUCUGGUAUAGAAAACAAUACCUAUCUUAAUUGCAGUAGCGCAGCUCAGGAAAUAAAAAACGAAAAAGCAAUUAAAAGUUUCUGCUUAUUUAUACAAGAUUGGUUUGGAAACCAUUGCAUGAAAAGAAAUUAGAUUUACGAGUAUAAACUCAGCUGCUAUCUACCAUGAAAACCAAUGUUUCCAGAAAGACCAUUAACACUUAUAUUUACCUAAAAAACCCAUGUACUAGAUGACAAAAGUGCCGACAAGCAGGUGCAUAGUAAAAGCGAGUAAUCGAUAAAAAUCUAUUCAAAAGCUACUGUGGUUUUUAUGCAUUUUUUGAUUUAUUAAAAUGAAAGGACUUGAAAUGGUUAAAUGUGAAAGUUUACGAAUAAAUAUGUUUCGAAUAACACACACGGGAUAAUCAGUAAAUUUUCCCGUAACAUCACAACAAUGUGAAGAAAUUAGUGAUUUUCAUAUCAUGCAAAAGCAUCAAUAAAUUAUUGUUGACCAACAUUUAAUCAAGUAGAAUUGCCCUUUUUGCUUUCUUUUUUUUUUGCUUCAGUGAGUUACCGCAAGUGAUUUUAUGCCAGGUACAUUUCCAUGGCUUGGAAUUAGCUGAAUAGAUAAAUGAAUGAAAUAGUUUUUCUUUUGAAAUCCACAAUCUAUUUUACAUCACUCAGGUUGUGUGUGAUGAUAACAUGUUAUUUAGAGGUAAUCUUACUGGUUGGCCUUGCUCAGUCCAUGACUCAAGGGUCUUAAGAAGUUCUUCAUUGCAUGCUACAGCAGCAAUCAAGUUUCUUGGUGACACACACUUUCUUGGUGAUGGUGGAUACCCUUUGAAAAGGUAUGUUCUCUCAGAAAUUUAUGUUAGCUCAAAUAAAAGAGGGCAUCUCACUCUUUUAUUUGACUCAUGUACAAACUUUUAAACACCAAUAUGCACCUGAUUGCAAUACGUAAGUCGCAAUGAUCUUAAAUGUAAGUGCCUUUGAAAUAGAUUGGUAGUGUACAGGUUUGGAAUAAUAAACAAAUAAUGUUUUUUUUGCAGUUGGCUGAUAACCCAUACCAAGACAAUGGUCAUCUAAUUGGAAGACAGAGACCGUUCAACACCAAACUUUCCUCUUUGCAGUCAGUGGUGGAGAGAUCAAUUCAACUUCUGAAAGGGUGCUGGAGGAAACUUGGCCCACUGGAGUCUAUUGAUAUGGAACUCUUGGUCCAUAUUAUUAUGUCUUCUUGUGUUUUACAUAACUUUUGUCUUCUACAUGAUGACUUUGAUGACAACUACUUUUUGGAUCAUCAUGAUGGUGAUAGUGAUGGUGAUGGUGGUGAUGGGCAUGCUGGAGGACACCGAGAUGAUUUAUUAGCUGCAGAGACAAAGCAAGUUUGGUUGAUGAACAUUAUAUGCUGAUUUUUAAGUACUGAUACUGCACAUGUAUGCAUUGAUGUGGCAAUGGUAAGAUGUGUAAAGUCACCACUUAGCCAGGGAUUUGUACAGGAUACAUGGCUGUUCAAAUUUAUUGACUCACUGGGCUUUUCGAUGUAGUUUUCUCUAUGAAAGCAGUUAUGUGGACACAGAAAAUCCAAGAAAAACAUGAACCCAACAUACUCCCUUUUAAUGGUUUAGAAUAACGUGUGAAGGUCCUCCACCAAAACUUUAAGAUAAAACAUCCUGAGUCCUGUCUUCACAGUCAGUGUUCUCAAAUCCUUCUUUUAGGUGCAUUAAGUUUUUGAACCAAAUAGAAUCUCAGCUCCACUAGCAAGAAACAAACUGUGCAGAAAGUAGAAGCUAAAUGGCCAGCAGAAAUAAAUAAUGAUUAAAACAUAAUUCUGG